AUGGCGGGGCGGUCGAAGGCGACGGUCAGAGGCGACGGGCGGUGGCUUGGUGCUGUGGUGCUGCCGUCUCUCUCGGCUAAUGUGUGCAGUUCAACUAUCCCUCUUGGUAUGAAGAAUAGGCACUCAUCAUUAUCAGUAUUGGAACUCGUCCAGACGCACAGUCCAUGCGCUGACGAGAAGCAGCUCAUGAAUCCAAGAAAACCAACCACACAUGAUGUUGCUCGCACUCCUGUCAGCCCUGCCGAUUCCACGGGCAAAUUCCAAUUUUACAUCGACCACAUCGUCACCAUGGGCUUCGGCACGCCAGAGAAAAUGAUGUCCCUCAUUUUGGACACCAGCAGCGACCUGACGUGGAUUCAAUGCAACACGUGCCCCAAUAAGACGUGCCGUAAACAGGAAGGCUCAUUAUUCAACCCCUCCAUGUCCAGUUCCUACUCCCACAUCCCCUGCAAAUCAACUCAAUGCUCUAUCAUGGAACCCGACACCCCUUCUGGCCCCAUCUGCUCCAAAACUGGCAAUUGCAUCUACGAUCUCACAGACAGCGAUGGCAAUGAAAUUAAAGGCGACUUCAGCAGGGACACACUUACAAUUGCACCAAACAUUUUAGUCCAUGAUUUCAAGUUCGGUUGUACCUAUUCUACUAAAGGAACGUUUGGACUUGAAGCUGGAUUAUUGGCCCUCGGCAGAUCCAACACGUCCAUAGUUUCCCAAACUGCUAAUAAAUUUAAUCAAUGUUUCUCCUACUGCUUCCCUUCCAGCUCAUCCUCCAAAGGCUUCCUGACACUCGGAAAAGAUAACAGUUUUACCAAAAUAUUUACCCCUUUGAUUAUUAGAUCAGAAUACCCAUAUAUGUAUUUCAUCAACAUUAUCGCAAUAUCGGUGGACGGCCGCGACAUAAAAUACAACCCAAAUGCUUUCUUGAGCUCUGGAAACACCUACAUAGACUCGAGCAUAGCCAUCACCGAACUCCCAUCUGCUGUAUAUAAUCCGUUCAGCACCGAAUUCAGGUGGCUUAUGCUCAACAAAUACAGAUACAAGAAGGCAAAACCGCCGUCUGAUGGCUCAUCCCUCGACAUUUGUUUUGUUCCUCAUAAAACAAAUAAUUCUAUCCCAUCUGUGUCAUUCACCUUUAAGAAUAACGUGAAAGUCAAUUUGGAUUUUUUCGGGAUAGUUAGAGUUUACAACGCAUCGCUAAUGUGCCUUGCGUUCACCAGCGUUGACGAUAAUAUGGCUACUUUCGGCAUUACGCAGCAGAAAACAUUCGAGGUAGUGUACGAUGUUGGCGGCCAUAAAUUAUGGUUCAUCCCAAAUAGGUGUUAA